UACCCACCUGUCCACCAGGCGCAAGGCUCGCUUUUCCGACACUUUUUUAUGCCCAGUGGCCUCACGCGGCUAAUCCUCUCAUCUGACGUCAGGAGCAAUGGCGGACCUGGAUGGAAGCGACGCGUCUAACAGCGCGACCCAAGGUUCAGAGGCCCCUCCUUCAGUGGAGGAGAAGAGAACACUAUCAAGUCGGCCUACAUCCUCUGCCUCCGCCCUCAACACCAGCAUAGACACACCCACCUCUAUAGGCUCCAAACCAGAGCCUUUGGUGCUGAAACUUGAUGAGAGACAGAGGCUUGCUCGAGAACGGAGAGAGGAGAGGGAAAAGCAAAAUGCGCUCCGUGAGUCUCAGUGGCAUGAGCGCGAGGAGCGUGCUCGUCAGUACUAUGAGAAGCACCUGGAGGAACGCAGGAGGAGGCUGGAGGAGCAGAGGAUCAAGGAGGACCAGAGACGCGCCGCUGUCGAGGAGAAACGACGGCAGAAACUCGAGGAGGAAAAGGUCCGCUAUGAGGCUGUCAUGAGGAGGACUCUGGAGAGGAGUCAAAGAGCCAAACAGAAAACCAACCGCUGGAGUUGGGGAGGCACUCUGACCACCAGCACCUCUCAUCCAACAGGGUUGUUUGAGGCUGCUUGUCUUUACCCUUUGGAUCUAGCAGGUCUGGAGCACCAUUACCCUGGUGCCUUUAGCCUGGGCCGCCAGACUGGGCCUCUCUCCAAAUAUUCGGACAGACGCUCUGUCUCGACUACUAACUUGUCCAAGCACACAGACCCGGUCAUAACCAAACGCCUGUCUGCAUCUUCUGCCACACUCUUAAACUCACCAGACAGAGCCUUACAGAAACGGACUGCCUCCUCUCCCCACAUUAAUAAACACGGCAGCAGACUCCGCUCAUCACGAGAGAAGAGUGUCGGUAACACACACACAGCUAUGCGUCGUUUGCCAUUGACACCAUGGGAGAAUAACAUGGUCAGUCGUCUGUUGACCCCCACACACUCCUACCUGGCCAGAAGCCGUAGCGCUAUGUCAUUGUCGGGAGAGACAGUGACGCCCAUUUGUCCCCGCUCAGCUUCCUGUCAUCCAAUGAGCUCCCUCUCCUUCAAGUCCCUCCAAUCCCGCAGCAGCAUGGAGCGGCCAAUGAAAGCAGGUCUCAGCUGCGAUCGGCCAAUUAGGGCCGGCUUCACCCCAUCUGACCCCAGCACCCGAAGAAGAACCACUCAGGGCACAACGGGGGAAAAGCACCCUAAGGAGUAUGUGCGUAAGUCCUGGAGUAAUUUGUCUCUGCCGCUGGGCUCCCAGCCCCUCCUGAGUGGCCCCCAGCAGCCCAGAGCCAAGAGAUCCCAGUCCCCCGGCACCCAGCCCUGCAGGACCAAAGCACCCUCACCUGCCAGAUCUUCCUUAAAGUCUUCCCAGAAGCCUCCGACCCCCAAACACCUGCGAUCCCCUGGCCAGGAGCACUCUGCCGCCACCCCACCUCUAUCGCCAGGCAACCUGCGACCCAGCCGGACCAUGCCCGAGUUGUACCGGGCCGCUGAAGAAGACGAUGCAGAGGGAGAGGCCAAGGAGGCUACUUCCCCAGCGGUGAAGUCAGCAGGAACCACAGACCCUGAAGAAGCCUCUCGCCUGCUAGCAGAGAAGCGACGACAAGCCCGUGAGCAGAGAGAGAGAGAGGAGGAAGAACGCCGCUUACAGGAGGAGGCCGAGAGACGCAGCCGUGAGGAGAUGGCUCGCAGGAAAGCAGAGGAGCGAGUGCGUAGAGAGGAGGAGGAGAAGAAGAGAGAAGAGGAGAGAAGACUCCAAGAGGAGGAGGAGAGGAAAGCCCAGGCUGAGAAGGAGAGAGAGGAGGCAGAGCGCCUACAGAAACAGCGAGAGGCAGAGGACGCUCGCCAGCGUGAGGAAGCAGAGCGACUGCGCCAGGAGAGAGAGAAGCACUUCCAGAAGGAGGAGGCAGAACGCCAGGAGCGCAAAAAGAGAUUGGAGGAGAUCAUGAAGAGAACACGCAAAUCAGAUCAGCAAAAAUCACCACAACGCAGAAAUGGAGAUUUCACUGAGCAGAAAACAGAGGAGACAGCAUCUUCACCUGCACCUCUGCCAGCCCUCUCAGAGACACACACACUCACGCUCCAGGGUCCGGAGUCAGGAGAGAGCACACCAACUGAGGCCCACCCGAGGGAGAACGGCAUCGCCAUAGAGACGGGGACCUUUGAGCAGGUCAUCGUGGUUCCCAUGGAGACCAAGAUGCCCCGGGCAGAGGGCGAUGGGCAGGAGGAAGAGGAGACGUCUGACUCUGAAGGCCCCCGCAGCCCCGUCAUCGCCUUCCGAGAGAGCGGACAGAACCAGCACCAAGCAGAUGUGGUGUGAGCAACCAAGACUGCAUGGGUGAGCGAGAAGGAGACCAAGGGAGAACGAAGAGGUUCGGAUGGAUCACGUCUCACCUGAAGGUCUCCCUGAAGGCUGGUUUCAUACAGACAAGGCCUGGACAGGAAACCCUCCUCCCCAUUCCUGCUGACCAAAACGUCAACUUAGAACAACCACCAACCCCUUGCUCCCCAAACCACUUAGCACGGUCUCAGACUAGAGAGCAGUGAGGUCCAAACCACCUUGAGACCAAG